UCUUUAUUGCUGCUUGCUUCAUCCAAAGGAGGCCAAGAGGUGACGUAGGAUCAAACUUCCGCCCUCAUACGCAGCCACCCAGCACUCCGCAGGAUUGGCGACACAAGAGCUCGAGAGGCAAGGCUGCAUUCUCAUCCAACACUCCAUCUUUCUUCCCUUCAACAAUGGUCUUUCGAAGCUUCUGGCGUUGUGCAGGCAUUGUCCUCUUCAUCCUCCUCGGCGCAUGGACGUUCCUCUCUGCUCAAUGGCCCCAUGCCCUGAUCCGCUCCUUCUAUGCACCAGACGCUUGUACAAUCGCCUUGCAAGGACAGGUAGACUUACUGGUCAAUCACUACAGUACCCUACUAGCUGGCGUCACACACGUCGCUCUCUUGUCCUUCCCCGUCCAUCCCAACCUCGGAGACUCUGCAAUUUGGGCAGGUGAGAAGCGCUUGCUCCAUCAACUCGGUAUCAAAGUCGUGUAUGAGCCAGUCUGCUUCCCAAACUACAAGGACACAUACAACGCCGAAGAGAUGCGCGCAAUUCUUGAACCUUACCGCAAGCACGCUGUCAUCUUAUUACAUGGUGGCGGCAACUUUGGCGACUUGUACUUGGAGCAUGUGCAGCGUGAGCAAUUGAUUCGAGAUUUCCCCGAUUAUCCUAUCCGAUCAUUCCCACAAACUAUCUUCUUUCAAGAUCAAGACAAGCUCAAGCAGGCGAUUGAGGUGUGUGGACAGCAUAAAGACUUGCAGUUGGCGGCACGCGAUGCGCAAUCGUUGGCAGAAAUGCGAAAGCAUUUCGGUAAGCACAAGUCUGUCUUGCUCCCAGAUAUGGCGACGAUGCUUGUGACUGAGCCUCCACCGGCUUCCAGGAAUGCCUCGAAGGUGACGUACCUGGUGCAUGCGCGACAAGAUUAUGAAGGUGGACAAGUGCAUAGCAGCGAGAACGAACGGCAAUUGAUUGAGACGCAGUUGUUGAGAGAUGGGGCAACAUUCAAGUUCGAUGACUGGCUGGCAACGGAUCCUGUGCAAGCGCUGGAUGUGUCAAAAGAUACCAAAGCAGAGAUACGCUUGGGUCUUGCAUGGAAAUUUCUGACGCAAGGUGAUGUGGCCAUUACAGACCGCUUACAUGCACACAUUCUGUCGACUCUGUGGAACCUGCCUCAUGUUGCACUGGAGACUGGUGAGUACAAGAAGCUUGAGCGUUAUCAUACUGCUUGGCUGACUGCUUGUUCUUUGCCAACACGCAAGAGUACGCUGGUCCACAGCAUGGAGGAGGCUCUCAUUGCAGCCAAGCAAAUGCUGACACCCCCCGCUUGAGUGUCCUUGGAGAUUCUUCGUAUUGCAGAGGACGUAGUUGAGCCGGACAAGGCAAUCUAUCCUGUUUGCUCCUGACCCCUGAAUUGCAAUGCCACAACGCACAAGGAGAGACUACCUGUGCCUGUAGUCUGCAAUCCAUAUGUCGAAGAUAUCAAGAAGCCGAAUCGCGCUGGUUGUAGCUCUUCAUGUGACGAGCGCACUGACUUCCGUCCUG